GCCGCCGCCAGUUACGAGUUUCAGGCGGAGACCAAGAAGCUGCUGGACAUCGUGGCCCGGUCCCUCUACUCGGAGAAGGAGGUGUUUAUUCGGGAGCUGAUAUCCAAUUGCAGUGAUGCACUGGAAAAAAUCCGCCACCAGCUGAUUUCUGAAGGGAAAGUCCUGCCAGACCUAGAGAUCCAUCUCCAGACAGAUCCCAAGAAGGGAACACUCAUAAUCCAGGAUACAGGCAUUGGGAUGACCCGGGAAGAACUUAUCUCUAAUCUUGGUACCAUCGCAAGGUCCGGCUCCAAGGCCUUCCUGGAGGUCCUUCAGAACAAGGAGGCGGCCAGCAGUAAGAUCAUCGGUCAGUUUGGGGUGGGCUUCUACUCUGUCUUCAUGGUGGCUGAUGAGGUGGAAGUGUUCUCGCAGUCAGCACAGCUGGGUGCCCCAGGCUGCUACUGGCGUUCUGAUGGGUCAGGAAAGUUUGAGAUCUCAGAAGCCUCUGGAGUCCGAACUGGGACCAAAAUAAUUCUUCAUCUCAAGGAGGACUGCAAGGAGUUUGCUACCGAAGAGCGCGUCAAAGCGGUCAUCACCAAAUACAGCAAGUUCAUCAGCUUCCCCCUGUACCUCGAUGGGAAACGCACCAACACCUUGCAGGCCCUUUGGGCGAUGGAGCCCAAGGACAUUGGGGAAGAGCAGCACAAAGAGUUCUACCGCUUCAUAGCCCAAGCCUACGAUGAGCCGCGCUACACCCUCCACUACAAGGCCGAUGCCCCUCUCAACAUCUGCAGCAUCUUCUAUGUGCCAGAGAUGAAGCCCUCCAUGCUUGACAUCAGCCGUGAGCUGGACUCCACCGUUGCCCUGUAUAGUCGCAAGGUCCUGAUCCUGACUAGAGCCACCGACAUCUUGCCCAAAUGGCUGCGUUUCCUCAAAGGGGUGGUGGACAGCGAGGACAUCCCCUUGAACCUCAGCCGGGAGCUGCUGCAGGAGAGCACACUCCUCAGGAAGCUCAGGGAGAUCUUGCAGAAGAGGCUGAUCAACUUCUUCAUUACCCAGAGCAAGAAGGACCCGAAAAAAUAUGCCAAGUUCUUUGAGGAUUACGGGCUCUUCAUACGCGAGGGGAUUGUCACAGUGGCUGAGCAGGAGGUCAAGGAGGACAUCGCCAAGCUGCUGCGCUACGAGUCCUCGGCCUUGCCCGUGGGCCAGCUGACCAGCCUGACGGAGUAUGCCAGCCGCAUGCCUGCCGGGAGCAGGAACAUCUACUAUCUGUGCACCCCCAAUCGGCACCUGGCUGAAGCCUCUCCGUACUAUGAGGCCAUGAAGAAGAAGGAUGCGGAGGUGUUGUUCUGCUACGAGCAGUUUGAUGAACUGACUCUCCUCCACCUGCGGGAGUUUGACAAGAAGAAACUGAUAUCGGUGGAAACGGAUAUUGUUGUGGACCACUAUAAGGAAGAGAAGUUUGAGGAGAGCCACUCGGCAGAGGAACACCUGAGCUCCCAGGACACGGAGGGUCUCCUGGCCUGGAUGAGGAAUGUUCUGGGGUCGCGGGUGGCUGCUAUCAAGGUGACACCACGGCUGGAUACGCACCCAGCCAUGAUCACCGUGCUGGAGAUGGGUGCCGCCCGCCACUUCCUGCGCAUGCAGCACUUGGCCAAGACCACCGAAGAGCGGGCCCAGAUCCUGCAGCCAACACUGGAGAUAAACACAGGGCACCCUCUGAUUAAGAAACUCAGCCAGCUGCGGACCAGCCACCCGGAUCUGGCCCAAAUGCUGCUUGACCAGAUCUAUGACAAUGCAAUGAUAGCUGCAGGUUUGAAUGAUGAUCCCAGGCCCAUUGUGAACCGGCUGAACAGCCUCCUCACCAAAGUCCUGGAGAAGUACUGAGUGCCAGG